AUGGUUGUUGGGAUUGGUGGUGGUGUCAAGGGUGGCAGUACCAUGGAAGGUAGAGGUGGUGGUGGUAAUGUGGUUGUGCUGGUGGAGGAUGUGAUGGUUGUUGGGGUUGGUGGUGGUGUCGGGGGUGGCAGUACCAUGGAUGGUGGAGGUGGUGGUGGUGGUGGUGAUGUGGUUGGUGGUUCUGCCAGCAGCCGCUUGAUGGGAAACUCUCCAGCCUCGUCUUUCAUGGGCAGCUUCCUCACCAGCAGCUUGGGCUCAGCGGCUUCGGCGCACGCCGGCGGCCCCGCCUCCUCCCCCUCUGAGCAGGCCUACCGCGGCUCCCACCCUGCCACGCCACAGAUCUGGUUCUCCCACUCCCACGAAGCUCCAGCAUACCCAAGAUUUUCGGGGAGUCUGGCAUCCACCUUCCUCCCCGUGAGCCACUUGGAUCACCAUGGAAACAGCAAUGUUCUCUACGGGCAGCAUCGUUUCUAUGGAACCCAAAAAGAUAACUUCUACCUGCGCAACCUUCCCCCGCAGCCCGCCAUCCUUCCCGCCAACCACAGCUUCCCCGGCGUGGCCCGCGCCGCCCCCGCCCACCCCAUCGGCUCCUGCAGCCGGGACCGGGCUGAGGCCGGCCCUCCGCAGAAGGGCUCCAGGGAAUGCGACCGCUUCCUCGCGGGCAAAGAGCUGGGCAAGGAGAAGGCCGGCAAGGGGGCGGAGGGCAGGGAGCGGGCAGAGGAGGACGGCGGCAAGGACCGGCACAAGCUGGUGCCCCCGCUGCCGCCCGAGGGGCCCUGCAAGGAGGGCGGCCCUCCGGCCAGGGGCUCCUGCGAGGGCCGCCCCAAGCACCCCGCCUCCUGUCUCCUCAACACCAAGGUGCUCAACGGGGACGUGGGCAAGGCCAUGCUGGCCAGCUGCGCGGGGGGCACACUGGGCCGGCCGGGCGCGGGGGUGGCGGCGGCGGCGGUGGCGGGACGCUGUGCCAAGGAGGUGGCAGUGUCCACGGAGCCGGCCUUCAGCGAGUGCCUGGAGCGGCGGCAGAUGCUGCACCACGCGGUGUCCUACACGGUGCCGUCCGGGCUGCCUGCCGGGCCGCCCCCGGCCCUCAGCACGGCCGCGGGCUCCUUCCCCUGCCUGCAGUUGCACGCCGGCCCCGAGCGGCUCUGCCCGCUGCAGGACAAAGUCUCCCGGGACCUAAAGGCCAGUGGGCCCACCUUUGUGCCUUCUGUGGGACACUUGGCCGACAAGAGCCGCCCGUUCCAGGCGAGGGAGGCCUGUGCCGUGGUGGGCGAGGGCAAGGACCGACACCUGGACGGGGCCGGGGCCCCCGACCCCGCCACGCCUUACGGGGUCUCCUACGCCCACCUGAAGGCCGAGGGCAAGGGCGAGCGGCGGCCGGGGGGCUUCGAGGCGGCCCUCCACCCCCGGCUGAAGGGCCUCGAGUACCUCAGUGCGGGCCCUGAGGCCCCCUUCCCCAGGCUCCCCAAGGGCGGGCUGGACAAAAGCGGCUACUUCGAGCUGCCCGCCCCGUCCCAGGACUGCGCCCGGCCCAGCCACCAGGACCCGCUGGGCGGGAAGGCCCCGCAGGCCUGCUGCACCUUAGAUAGAGGGACAGCCAAGGAGGCGCCCGCCGGCCCCCACGGGGCCCAGAAGGUGGCUCGCAUCCGACACCAGCAGCACGUGGUGGCCCCGGAGCUGGAGACGGGGGUCAGCGGGGCCGAGGCCAAGCGCCCGUCCCUGGAGCUGGCGUCUCUGGGCUAUGGCGGGCCCCACCUGCCCCCGUGGAGCGUGCAGACCGGCCAAGGCGCCGCCAUGGCCCUCAGCGAGGAGCGCAAGGGCAGCUCCUACCUGGACCCUUUCAGCAGCGGCCUGCAGCCGGCGGCCCUCCUGUCCCAGGAGCUGCCGGCCCCGCCCGACGAGGUCUCAGCCAUGAAGAACCUGCUCAAGUACAGCAACCAAGCCCUGGUGGUGGGCCAGAAGACACCCUUCGUGGGCCUGGGCGGCCUCAAGACCAGCUGUGUCCAGCAGGAGGCUAAGUUCCAGGCCUCCAAGGGCCCAGGCCCGGUGGAAAGGCCAGACUGUGCCCGCAGCCGGGACCACGACACCUCGCACGGAGACGGGGAGGUGCGGCAGCCGCCCGUGGGCAUUGCCGUGGCCUUGUCCCGGCAGAAGGACACCGCGAGCAGGCCGGACACGGGCUACGCCGCCAGCCACGGGCGGCAGAGCAGGAGCACCUCCACCUUCAAAGCCGGCGGGGGAGCACGUGCCGCACACGUCCUGGACCUGGAAGGUGAAGAGGAGCGGACAAGGAUGUGUGAUGAGCGUCUGGGGCUGGCCGGCCGGGAGCUGCUGCUGCAGGACAACAAAGACCUGGUUGAGUUUGCCCGGAUCCACCCCUCAAGCAGCUGUCCCGGAGACCUAGCCCCCCACCUCAUGAUGCAAGGCAGCCAGCUGGCGGGGGACCCGGCCGCCCACCCCCACGCGGCCCACCCUCCCUGGCUGCCCCGCACUCACAGCCCCUCACUCUGGAUGGGGGGCCAUUCCUAUGGCCUAGGGCACCCUGCCCUGCACCAGAACCUGCCGCCCGGCUUCCCAGCCUCCGUGCCUGGCUCCAUGUCCUCAGUGUUCCCGCUGUCCCAGGACGCCCCCACACAGCUCGUCAUCCUGCCCUCGGAGCCCGCGCCCCACACGGCCCCGCACACACUCGCUGACGUCAUGGACCAGGCCUCGCUGUGGCCCCCCGUGUAUGGGGGCCGAGGGCCAGCCUCGCACAUGCAGCACCCAGGCCAGCUCCCCAUGUACUCGCGGCCCCAGCUGCUGCGGCAGCAGGAGCUCUACGCCCUACAGCAGCAGCAGCAGCAACAGCAGCAGCAGCAGCAGCAGCACCGAGCUGCCCAGGCCCUGGAGCUGCAGCGGGCUGCCCAGUUCCAGCGGAAGCCUGAGGAUCACCACGUGGAGAUGGAGGAGGCUGCCCAGGAGAAGGGCCUGAAGUCCACCCACAAGCCAGUUGCCUUAACCCCCAUGGCCAAGGGCAUUUCCUCGCCCGCUGCCGCCGCAGGCCCGGUCAAGCUCUCCCCCUGCUGCCACUCCCCCACCCUGAAGGCCCCCGCCGGCUGCCCCACCCCACCGCCACCCCGUCCCGGUGCCCUCUGCACUUUAUCCGCCUGUCCCGACGGCAGCCCCGCACCCGGCUCCAAGGUGCCCAGUGCCGAGGACAAGAGUGAGGGCCGGCAGCCUGGAGCUGACCUCACUUCGUUGGAACCAGACCUGCCUCCAGGAUUCCUGCGCCCCACCGCCAGCGUGGGCUUCCCCCUCCCCUCAGACGCGCACCCCUCAGACCUCCCGGACCCUGAAACUAUGCAAACUGCCCCCCCAGGGGCCCAGUCUGAGCCCCCAAGGACGAGGAUGUUGCUGCCGCCCGGGGACCCAGCCCCCCGCAGCCCCAGGAGCCUGGAGGGAGCCGAGCUGCUCACGGAGCCCCGCCAGGACCUCGCGGCCAUACCCCACCCUGCAGCGCAGGGGUCCCCGGGGAAGGCCGAGGACCCCAGCCCUCUUGAAGGGCUCCGAGAACUGAGAUUUGGGGACCUCCUGGAGGGAGGAGACCCUGAGGCCACUGGCCAGGCUAAUUCUACUCAGGGAGGGACACAAGAGGAGAGGACCAGAGAGGAGGGGACCCUGGGGGCCCCAUUGGGGGCCUCCCUCCAGGCGCCGGAGCAGCAAGCUGGGAGCUCAGGUACCCUGGACGAGGAAGAGGAAGAAACACAGCAAGCUCCAGAAAAGGCCAAGCCACAGGAAGAGGAGGCCCGGCUGGAGGAGGAAAGUGUAGGAGACUCGGAGGAGGACUGGGGGGCUCCCGGCAGCAGCCACCCACCCAGGACACUGCCAGGGCUGGAUGCCCUGGUGGCCGCUACUGUGGGCCUUGGAGAUCUGCCCAGCCUGGGCCCGCCAGACCCUCAGCCCCCCGCAGCCUCGGGGUAUGCCGGCACGGCCCCGCCGCCCUGCGGCUCAGGGAUUCACGGAAUUGCCCUGCUCAGCGAGCUGGCUGACCUGGAGGUUCAGCGACAGAGGAGUGAGCGCACCAUGCAAGGGGAUGAGGACGUGCUGACCUUCAACCUGCAGCACCUCGCCACGCUUGCCACUGCCUGGUCCCUGGUAGAGGCCGCCAGCCUGGGCGGCCCCGUCACCCCGGCCCGGCCUCAGUCCGCCGACUCCUGCAGCGGCCCCAGGCCCACCCCACGCAUGCAGAUCCAGCAGCGCAAGGACACCUGGACCCCCAAAAGCAAGCCCGUGUGCCCGCUGAAGGCUGCCAUCGACCGGCUGGACACGCAGGAGGUAGAGAUCCGCAUGCAGCUCGCAGAGCUCCAGCGGCGCUAUAAGGAGAAGCAGCGGGAGCUGGCGCGCCUACAGCGCCGACAUGACCAUGAAAGAGAGGAGAGUUCCCGGAGCCCCGCACGACGGGGGCCUGGUCGGCCGAGGAAACGCAAACACUCCAGCUCCCUGCCCACCCUGCGCCCCGGCGGCCAGCUUGCCAGGAGCGAAGGCAAGAAAGCCAAGGCAGUGCGGGCCAGUCUCAGUCUGCUGUGUGCUGAGCUUCGAGGUGACGAACCCCCCAGGAAGCAGAGCAAACUGGAGAAGAGCAUCUAUGCCGGUCUGCAGCCCUCCACAGAGAAGGUUCGGUGUAAGAAGAGCGGUGGCCAGAGCGAGCUGGUGUCCUCGGCGGCCCACAGGGUGGCACAGCUGAAGCCCGAAGUCAAGACCAAGGCGCUGCCCGCCGGCCUCGGCCCCUUCCAGCGGAAGGAGGCCGCCCCCGGCAGGCGCCUCCAGAAACUGUCCCAAGCCAAGAACCCCAAGGCGUCUGCCGCGACCCGGCACCCGCAACCCGGCGGGGACAGCGGCAGGGAGAUGCCCAGGUUCCCCAGCCAGCCCGCGGGGGCCCUGGCGCAUGAGGCAGGCAACGGCUAUGACAGCGAAGACUGCCAGGCUCUCCUGGGGCCAGAGGCAGCUCCCCGGGAGUCUGAGCUGGGGCUGCACUCAGGGGCUGGAGGGGCCACCCUGGGGCCCUCGCCGUCCUCCGUGGUCAAGAUGGAAGCCAACCAGAAGGCCAAGAAGAAGAAGGAGAGGCAGAGCCUGCUAGGGGCCUGCCGCUUGUCCAGCCCCGAGAGUGAGGUCAAGAUCAAAAGGCGGGCGGUGAAGGCCAAGGUCGGCACCAAGCUGGAGCGGACUCCGGGGCGGCGACCCCCAGGCGCCCCAGGCAAGAAGAAAGGCAAGGGCAAGGCCAAAGGGGGCCUGCGCAGCGAGCCUGGGGCCGCCCCCGGCCGGGAGCCCCUCUUUGCCCCCUCCCGAGCCUUCGCCUCCCACGAGGAAGGCAGCAAGCUGGCCAGCGAACGUCUCAAGAGAGCCACGCGCAAGAGCACCAUGCUGCAGCCAGUCUUGCGGCGGAAGAACGGGGCCCUGUCCAUCGCCCUGUCGGCCCGCAACGCCAAGGCCAUUCUGGGGAAAGGCAGGAAGCUGGGCAAGGUGAAAAGCAAGACCGUGGGCAAGCAGGGCCAGGGCCGGGCUGUGAGCCGGCUGCUGGAGAGCUUCACUGUGGAGGACGACUUUGAGUUUGACGAUGGCAGCAGCUUCUCAGAAGAGGAAGAGGACGAGGAAGAGGAGGACGGGGGCCAGCUGAGUGCCGAGCAGAGCGCGGCCCUCGCGCGGUCCUGCACCAUCCACAAGGAGGACCUGCAGGACGGGCUGCCAGUGCUCAUCCCCAAGGAAGACAGCCUGCUCUACGCCGGCAGUGUCAGGACGCUGCAGCCCCCUGACAUCUACAGCAUCGUCAUCGAGGGAGAAAGAGGCAACCGGCAGCGGAUCUACUCUCUGGAGCAGCUGCUGCAGGAGGCGGUCCUUGAUGUCCGGCCGCAGUCCAGCAGGUACCUUCCUCCCGGCACUCGGGUUUGCGCCUAUUGGAGUCAGAAGUCCCGCUGCCUGUACCCAGGCAACGUGGUCCGAGGCAACUCCAGUGACCAGGACGACUUGGAUUCAGUGUUGGUGGAGUUUGAUGAUGGGGACACAGGCCACAUCGCUGUCUCUAACGUCAGACUUCUGCCUCCAGACUUCAAGAUCCAGUGUACAGAGCCCUCCCCAGCCCUGCUGGUGUCCAGCACUUGCCGGAGAACCAAAAAAGCAUCCAGCGAGGCCCCCCAGCCCAGCGAGGCCCCCACUCCCAGCCUGUCCCCUAAAGUGCAAGAUGGCCUGGAAGGUUCCAAGACUGCCGGGAAGAAAUCCGUCAGCAAAGACAAAGCUGGCAAAGCUGACCUCCUCACCUCAGGUGCCAAGUCCCCCUCAGGGGCCUCAGACCACUUCCUGGGCCACCGGGGCAGCCCGCUGCUGAGCUGGUCGGCCGUGGCACAGACUAAGCGGAGGGCCGUGGCUGCAGCCGCGGGCGGCAAAGGGCCAGGGGUGCUGCAGAACCUCUUCCAGCUCAACGGCAGCACCAAGAAGCUGCGGGCCCGCGAGACACUGUUCCCCGUGCACGGCGUGGCCGCCCCCGUGUUCGGCAACGGCUUCCGAGCGGACUCCUUCAGCAGCCUGGCCAGCUCCUACGCGCCCUUCGUCAGUGCGGCCGGGGCCGGCCUGCCCGCCGGGGCCCACAAGCUGCUCAGGCCCAAGAAGGUGGAGAGGGCCGAGGCGGAGAAGGGCGGGCGGCGGCGGGCGGGCGGCGAGUUCCUGGUCAAGCUGGACCACGAGGGUGUGACCUCCCCCAAAAACAAGAACUGCAAGGCCCUGCUCAUGGGUGAGAAGGACUUCGGCCCCAAGCUGGGCCGGCCGCUGCCCAGCCCCAGCUACGCACACCUGGUGGGCAAGGACAAGAAGGGGCGGGCGCCUGUCCACCCCCUGCCCAUGGGACUGGCACUGCGCAAGUACGCAGGCCAGGCGGAGUGCCCGCUGGCCUGCGACAGCGACUGCCCCAGCUCCUACUCGGAUGAGGAUGAAGACGGGCCCGGGCUGGCCGCUGGCGUGCCCUCCCGCUUCCUCACCCGCCUGUCCGUGUCCUCCUCCUCCUCGGGCUCAUCCACCACCUCCUCCUCCGGCUCCAUGUCCACCUCCAGCCUCUGCUCCUCCGACAACGAGGACUCCUCCUACAGCUCAGACGACGAGGACCCCGCCCUGCUGCUACAGACCUGCCUGUCCCGCCCUGUGCCCACCCUCCUGGCCCCGCCCGAGGCCCUGCGCAAGGGCACCCACGCCCCGCGCUGCUUCCUGUCCCGGGCCGCCGUGGCCGGCGCGGGCGCGGGCGCCGGACCUAGUGGCGGCAAAUCCAAGCUCAAGCGCAAGGAGGCCCUGAGUUUCUCCAAAGCCAAAGAGCUUUCUCGGAGGCAGCGGCUGCCCUCCGUGGAAAACCGGCCAAAGAUCUCAGCCUUCCUGCCAGCCCGGCAGCUGUGGAAGUGGUCGGGGAACCCCACACAGAGGCGGGGCAUGAAGGGGAAGGCCCGGAAGCUGUUCUACAAGGCCAUCGUCCGUGGCAAGGAGACGCUGCGCGUGGGAGACUGUGCCGUCUUCCUGUCGGCCGGGAGACCCAACCUGCCCUACAUCGGCCGCAUCGAGAGCAUGUGGGAGUCCUGGGGCAGCAACAUGGUGGUGAGGGUCAAGUGGUUCUACCACCCCGAGGAGACCAAGCUGGGGAAGCGGCAGAGCGACGGGAGGAACGCGCUGUACCAGUCAUGCCACGAGGACGAGAACGACGUGCAGACCAUCUCCCACAAGUGCCAGGUCGUGGGGCGGGACCAGUACGAGCAGAUGACCCGGAGUCGCAAGUACCAGGACCGGCAGGACCUCUACUACCUGGCAGGCACCUAUGACCCCACCACAGGGCGCCUGGUGACCGCAGACGGAGUGCCCAUCCUGUGCUGAGUCCCCUCC